AUUCAAAUAAAUCAUCAUACCAUAAAUUGAUCACCCUCUCUCUCUCUCUCAUAAUAAUAAUAAUAAUAAUAAUAACAAUUUUGUCCCCGAGAAAUGAAGCAAAAGAUAACUGUGAGUGUGCGGAUGAGCUGUGGCAAAUGCAGGACCAAAGCCAUGAAAAUUGCUGCAGUUGAAUCAGGAGUAAACUCAGUACAGAUGGCAGGGGACAAAGAUCAAGUGAUAGUAAUUGGAGAAGUUGAUUCAGUUAGAUUGACUCGAUCUCUAAGGAAGAAGUUUGGGUCUGCAACCUUAGUUAGUGUAGAACAAGUAAAUAAUUAAGUUAACCACAUUAAGCCUGGAUAACCAGAGAGACAGCAUUAUUCUUAUUAAUAUUAAUUCCUCAUCAAUUAAUCUCAACAUUAUAAUAAUUAAAAAUCAAACCAAAAUGACAAUGUAUAAUCAUACAUGUAACAGUUGUGGCGUUCUUCAUCCAAAUUUUCAUCAUCUGAAUAAUUUUCAUUAUUAAUUUAUUAUUCGGCCAA